CUUCGAAGUAAAUAGACUAGAAAGCAGUCUUACCAGCCACCCCAGCCGCCUCUUGCAGCAACACUACGUAAGGACGAACAGAACCUGUAUCUUGAUCGUUUGUAUUUCUCAUUCUGCUGAUCAUUGUCCUUCACUUUAUCUUUACUCACUCACUCACCCACUCAUUCUUUUCGCGCCGACGCCAAACAUUUUGUCCUGUCAGCCGUGUCACCACAAUCAAUCCGACCAAUCGCAUAAUUACCGUCGACACCCACCAAACUCGGGCCUCUCUGCCUCUCGUAACGUUGACGACACGGAAGCCGCCAGGGCAACUCGACCAAAAGUUCAAAACGCCAAACAGCCUAUACAAUGUCAAACAUCGUCUCGCCAGUGGACGCCAGAGCCGUCAACGCCAUGUCAGUGCCUUGGAUCCUCGUCAAGAGAGCGCUGCCUGGAAUCGUCGGACGUCAAAUCAGUCAGCCUCGGUUCUUGACCGCAAGAGACGAUAUGGUCGCCAUUCCAGCUGUCUACUACGGCCUCAACAGCGGUCCUGAUGCUGGCACUGUCGUUGGCGCAACACUCGGAUCGGUCGCCGGCUUCAUCCUUCUGGUCUGGCUCAUCCAAACUCUCGCAAGCGGCCGCAACAAGCAACCUGACGAAGAAGUCAUCAUCCGCCACGAACGCUCACCCAGAAGACGCCGUAGAUCCGAGAUGCGCUCCGUCAGCAGAGGUCCCGACCGUGUUAUCCGUCAAGAGAGAAUCAUCAGAGACUCGAGCCGCGCACCACCCAUGAGAAGCAGCUUUGUCGUUGAGCCCGAGAGAAGAGUCGAAGGAGACGACAUUGUCGAGGUCAUCGAGGAGCAGUCGAGCGUGGCUCCCAGAAAGAAGAGUCACAGAGGCAGUGGCACAUAUCGGUCAGUAGACCCUCUGAUGUUCGACGAUCGAGGCUACACACAGAGAGAGGUGUACUAGCCUCUUCAUCUAUACAUUUCGUUCCUGUCGCAACCGCAGCAGACUAAUGUACCUCCAUGGUCACAGAUGAUCAACAAUACUCACAGUACCGUCCAAUCGAUCGUAGGCUCGGACUCGCGACUAGCCCGAUUUUCAAAGCUCCUCGAGUAAAGAAGCAUGGCGUUUAUGGCUUGGUGAUGAUUUUCUGCGUGGAAAUAAUGGAUGAGGAAUAAAGAGGGCCUUCUACGGAAGGCGGAUUUCGCGUAUUUCGGUUGCUUUGACUGUAGUAGCACACCCUAGAUUCGUGUCGAUGGAAUUAAGUCAGUUUGUUCCCAGAGCC